GCCGGUCUAAACCUCAACCUCUUCGCCGCCCUCUCCGGCGCUUUCAGUUCCAAAUCGAAAAAGAGUACGCGCCAGGAAGCGAAUGGGGAUAGUGUUACUGAGGAGGAGAGGUGGGAUAGAGGUGAAGCAAGUGGUAUUGCCAGGGCGCAAGGAAGCGGGUAUGCGGCUGCGAAUGCGGAGCAGAGGGAAGUCAAGGCGAAGAGGGUUGAUCAUUUGGGGAUUGAA